AUGGGCAGCCAGCAGUUCAUCCUGCUUUUCACUUCUGCUAUACUCUCUCCCAGCUCUGAUCUCAUGAUCACAUAUGUGGCAGCCCGGGACCAGCCUCUUGUGCCUUAUGGUCCUUUGUGCUGUUCUGGGAGCAGUUCAUCCUGCCUUUCACUUCCACUACACUUUUUUUCUUUCUCUUUUUUUUUUCUUUCUUUCUCUCUCUUUUUUUUUUUUUCUUUCUCUCUUUUUUUUCUUUCUCUCUUUUUUUCUUCUCUCUUUUUUUUCUUUCUCUCUUUCUCUUUUUUCUUUCUUUCUUUCUUUUUCUUUUCUUUCUCUUUUUUUCUUUCUUUUUUUUUUCUUUCUCUUUUUUUCUUUCUUUCUCUCUUUUUUUUUUUUUUCUUUCUUUCUCUUUUUUUCUUUCUUUCUCUUUUUUCUUUCUUUCUCUUUUUCUUUCUUUUUCUUUUUUCUUUCUUUCUCUUUUUUCUUUCUUUCUCUUUUCUUCUUCUUUCUGUCUGUCUUUCUUGUGCCAUGGUAGCCGGAGUUUUUACCUGUCUUUCUUUCAGUACUACUUGCUUAGUAGGUGGAAUUUUACAAAUAUGUGUUGGUUUUAUGGCUGUCAUUUUUGAAGGUCCGUGUUGUUGUCCUUUUUUGGAUUUCAUCAAUGAAAUUGGCAAAUUUUCUGAUGCCAGGCCUCAUUGGCAGAAAGCAGUUUUCUACACAUUGACUUCAGUGGUUCCUAUAUUGAUGUGUUUCUCCCUCAGCACAGUUUUUGGUUGUGGCCUUGUCUUUGUUUGUGGAGUACUCUACGGAAUAAUGACAGUGGGCAAAAAGGCUGACCGUGAAGAAAUGAGGCAAAAAGCUCGAGGAGAAGACGUGGAAAUGAAAGAUACUUUAAUUGGAAAUAUGGAAAGCAACAUUGAACUUCAAGUUCCUUUUGAACCAAAAUAA